UGCAGAAUUCCUACACGAGAGGAAGAGACUGUUAAUCUCUGACCCCAGAAACGGAGAGUUUUUCUCUGCCUAUGACACGAUCACCCUCUUUCUGGAGAGGAUGGAUAAGUUGAGUGGGAACAAUGCGACUGUAAAGAACAGCUCCAUAGACAAGUGGUCAUUCAAUGAACGUGGCUCGUUCCAACACCUAGACCCUGGGGAGCUGAGGGUCCUGGUACCAGCUAUCCUGGGAGUCAUCUGUGUCAUGGGUGUGGCUUGUAAUCUCACUGUGAUGGUCAUCCUGUUCUCAAAUGCACAUAAGGGCAAACUGUCUCUAAUCAACUCCCUCAUCUUCAACCUGAUGUUUGCCGACGGGCUGGUGCUCGCCUUUACCAUGCCCUUCAGGGCUGCUUCCUACUCCAAGGCCAGCUGGAAUCUGGGUUGGGUGGUGUGCAAGACAGCCGACUGGCUCCUUCAUUCCUGCAUGGCGGCGAAGAGCUUCACAGUGGCAGUCAUGGCCAAAGUUUGCUACCGCUACGUGUCCAACCCCACCAAGCAGGUGAGCAUCCACCUGGGCUCCAUCCUGGUGGUGCUCUUCUUCAUCUGGCUGUCCGCCUGCUCUGUCGCCAUCCCUCACUGGCUGUUUGCUACGCUGCAAGGAGAUAUCCGCGGGGUGGUGUGCGUGCUGAUGGUUCCUCCUGAAGCCCAGGAUUUCAUGACUGUGUACGUCAAAGUGUACCCCCUGGGGGUGUACUGUGCACCCCUGAGCUUCGCCCUGAUGUAUUUUUGGAGGGCUUACGGCCAGUGCCAGCGCCGCUCCAGUAAGACUCAGAAUCUGCGUACACAGAUCAGAUCCAGGAAGCUCACCUUGAUGUUAUUCAGCCUGACUGUGGCUAUGGCUAUUCUCUGGCUUCCUCAGUGGGUGGUGUGGGUUUGGGAGCAUCAUAUUGCAGAGAAAGAAAUUGAAGGAGCUCAGUCUCUCAUCUCCUCUCCUCCCGUUCUUCUAUCCCUCUCAGCUCAGCUGCUCACUUUCUCUCUGUCGCUAGUGAACCCUCUCAUCGUCCUCUCCCUCUCCGAGGAGUUCAGAGAAGGCUACAGGGGGCUGUGGAGGCGCCUCACACUGCGCAAACAACCUCCACCCAAGCCAAAGCCUACACCUCACAACCCUACCACUCUCCAGUCGCCUUGCCCCAGACCAGAGACCUCAGGCCAGCCGAGGGGGGAGAGGAGCAUUCGAUCAAGCUCAAGCCAGGGUCCCAACAGAGACGUUCAACCCCAGGCGCAGCAAAGUGGAGGACGAGGAGGAGGAGGAGUAGGAGGAGGGAAAGAAGUAGACAGGGUGAGCCUCAAAGAUGGGAUUGUCUUGCCUGAUGUGGAGCAGUUCUGGCACGAGAGGGAGACAGGAUCAAACACAGAGGAAAAUGAUCCUGUGCCGUGGGAGCAUCAGAGCAAAGAGGGAAAAAAAUAACAACCAACUUCCAGCUGAUCAUAACGUUACCUUCACUGUAAUCCUCAGACAGCAGCAGCUUCAUCAGCAGACCUCAGUUGAAUGGACUGCUACGCCGUAAAUCAUUGAUAUUCUGUCAACUGUGUUUAUGAUAAUAUUCAAAGGUAAGAAGGGUGAUCAGUGUGGAAAUGAGUGUGGACCACAAAUAGAGAAGUAUAAUCUGUAUAUAACAUAAACUUCGCAAUAUCGUCUUUUUGUUGUUCAGUGAGGAAGAACU